AUGAAGCAAGGUUCUAUUAACAAUUAUUUCAAAAGACAAUUAGAUGACAAUGGUGAAGGAACUUCUAAAAGAAAUAAGCAUAUUGAAAGUUCACAAGUUCCACAACCUUAUGAACCUAGUCAAAAACCAGAAGUUCGACAAGAUCCACAACCUAAUGAACCUACUCAAAGACCACGAGCUCUACAAGGACCACAACCUAAUGAACCUAGUAAAAUACCACAAGUUCCAAAUACUUUUGAUUUGAAUGAUCUUCCUUCGGACUCGGGGGAUUGGCCAAAAAUUACAUCUUAUCAUCCUAAUCAAAGAGAUGAAAUAAGGAGGGCAUAUUUGACUAAAGGACCUUGUCAACCAAAGGGGCAUACUUUUGAAUCAAAGUUAGUUGGUAAGAAGCUAAGACAUUUUGUUGUUGAAUGGUUUGUUGAAUUUCCAUGGUUAGAGUAUAUCAUUAAAAAGAACAAGGCAUAUUGUUUGUGUUGCUACUUGUUUGGAGACAUGGUAGGGGAACAAGGUGGAAGAGAUGCAUUUACAACCGAAGGCUUUGAACCUUGGAGUAAAAAAGAAGCAUUCCGGAAACAUAUGGGUAGUAUUCAAAGUUAUCACCAAAAGGCACAAGAAAAGUAUGAUUUUCUAUUGAGAAAAAACCAAUCUUUGAUUUCUCCAACGAUUCAAAAAGAUAUUGUCAAUUGCUUUUCAAAAGAGAUAAUCAAGUCUAUUUGUGAUGAAAUUGGUAAAGAUGUGUUUGGUAUAUUAAUUGAUGAGUCUAGUGAUAUUUCUAAACAAGAACAAAUGAAUAUAGUUUUGAGAUAUGUUGAUCAACUUGGGAUUGUAAAAGAAAGGUCUAUUGGAGUUGUUCAUGUGUUAGAUACAUCUUCUUUGACUCUUAAAGCCGCCAUCGAUUCUGUAUUUACUGACAACAACUUGAGUAUGGCUCAGGUGAGGGGGCAAGGUUAUAAUGGAGCAAGUAAUAUGAGCGGUGCAUUCAAUGGUUUGAAAUCAUUGAUAUUAAAAGAAAAUAGUUAUGCACAUUAUAUACAUUGUUUUGCACACCAACUUCAGUUAGUGGUUGUGGUGGUAGCAAAGAAACAUAAUGAUGUUGAAGAAUUCUUUGAACAAUUAGCUUUGGUGGUUACUGUGGUUUGUGGUUCUUGUAAGAGAAAAGAUAUGAUACGGGAGAUGCAAAAAGAAAGAGUUGAAUCUGAAAUUGCUAUUGGUGAAACCGAAACUGGAAGAGGAUUGAAUCGAGAGAUUUCUCUUGCUCGAGCUGGAGAUACCAGAUGGGGUUCGAACAAUUGUAAGCUUGAUGAAUUUGUUUGCUGA